CAGUUCGAUUUCGGUUUGAUCGCAAUGAGGGUACGACGAAAUCCGCUCCCUCGGCGGCUGGUCGAUGUUCUGUGCUAUCUAGUUAUUGGUGUAUUUCUGCCCAUUGUAUUCAUAUUUGAAAUAAUCGUUGUGCUGCCCGCUAUACACGAACCUGGCGGCUUUUUGCACACCUUCACUUUCCUAAUGGCCAUGUUUCUGUUGUUCAACAUCAAGGGCAACAUGUUAGCCUGCAUGGUGAUUGACACCAGCGUUGACCAUGAGCAUGUCAAGGCGCCGCCAGAUAGCGAGGCAGUACGUCUGGGCUGGCGACAUUGCACCACUUGCGAUCGAUUAGCACCUCCCAGAUCGUGGCACUGUAAGGUGUGUGGUGUUUGCAUAUUGAAACGCGAUCAUCACUGUCUCUUUACGGGCUGUUGCAUUGGCCAUCAGAAUCACCGGUAUUUCAUGUGCUUCACAAUGUACCUGCUGGUGGGCUCGAUCUACGCCCUGGCCUAUAAUUCGGUCUAUAUGUGGCUGCUCAAUGGAUCAAUUUACUGCAACUGGCUGACGGCCGUGAAACUAGUGUGUCCCAUGUUCAUGCUCGUGAUUGGCAGCUUCUGGACGAACAUGCAGCUGUUGUUCUAUAGCCUGAACAUCUUGGCGCUUUUGUAUGCAAGUGUGAUAUUGGCAUAUCAUGUGCCCAUUGUGCUGCGCGGUGAGGUCUGUGCAGAGAGCGGCAAGCAGCACACAUAUAACAAUGGACUCCAUUGUAAUCUGAGAAGUGUUUUUGGCCAACGUAUGCAUGUCGCCUGGCUAUCACCUUUGGUAAAAAGCCAGUUACCCGAUGAUGGCUACACCUGGACGAUCAACUCGGCUGAAAAGUCAAUGGAAACCAAGAAGUUGAAGUAAAUGCCACUUAAAGUUUAUUAAUGAAUAGAAAACGAGUCAGAGCGUUGCAAAUGACUGCGCAAUACUCUUUCUUCUGAUUCUGCUGCUGAUUCUAAGACUGUAACCACAACCACAGUCACUUUAAAACUGUGAUGUGAGCAAAUAUGCACAUCUUUAGCAGAAGUCCUAAAUAUUUGCAGACUCUAGCUUUGUAUAUUCCAAAUAAUGAGUCCCUUCAGCUGACUCUCGGACUAAACUAAUAUACUUCUAUUUCGCCUUGUGAACAGAGUAUAAUAGGAGCAAUAUAAAAUGUAAAAGGACUUAUUUGUAGACCUAUAUGAUCUAUCUAUAAUUAAAAACGAUAAGAAUCUUACAAAUUUGAAAAUAUAAGUUGUCAUAUCAAAUUUUAAAAUAAAGGCACUUUGUCAUUGAUAGCUUUUAAGUAA